UGGCAUCCUCAGUGCAGUGUGUUCGUGGAGGCCUUGUCGAGCGCGUCUCGUCACUAUGUAUAAAUAUAUUGCUCUGUGUGUGUGUGUCUGCUUGUGCGGCGUCGCUGCAGACCUUAACAAGGAAGAAGGAGCAUCUUGCGAGUGGGAUGGAGUCAAAGGCCAGUGCGUGAAGGAGACCAGAUGUCUCACCACUUUGGACACGCGAGGUGAUAAGCACCCCGUUUGCUCAACUCAAGGCGACGUGAAUAUUGUCUGCUGUACCGACUGCGAAUUGGUGAAUGACACCAGAAAUGUGGUGAUGAGUCCAACCACCGGAUUUUUCUUCAAGGAUGGCACUAAAGCCCGCGAUAGUUGUCUGGAAUACUUGAAGACUCUUCCUUACAAGUGUCAUGACGGAGGAUUCUACUCCGGAAUCAGUAAGGAGUACGAUGAGAAGAGAAAAUGUCAUAGCAUAGGAAUUUGGGGAGUCGGGGGCUCUCCCCCACAUGGACACGUGUCGGGACCUGAAUACCCUCACCAGGCUGUUCUGGGUUAUGGUGGUGACCUGUCCAGUGCGAUGUGGUUGGCAGGAGGCACGGUUCUCAGCGACAGAUUCAUCCUCACGGCUGCCCAUGCCCGUCGUAGUGGUCCUGGCGGAGAAGACGUGAAGUUUGUGGCUUUGGGCGUGGACAAGCUGUCAGACCCUCCAUCCUCCUGGCAGACACACAAAGUGAAGAGAUUCAUCCCUCACCCGGAGUACAAGGCACCUUCCAAGUACCACGACAUCGCUUUGAUUGAGACUGAAACUCCAAUAACCUUCGAUAAGAAUGUUCUGCCAGCCUGUCUUCACGUUGAGGAUGUGGACGAUGAAACUGCUACAGCCACCACCUGGAGAGAUGUUAAAGGCAAUGAUUAUACUAAGUUUGCUGAUACGCUUCAGACGAUCAAUUUGGAGAAGUUUUCUGACGAAGAAUGCAAGAAUGCUUAUGGAACAAACAGACAUCUGAAGAAUGGCAUUGAUACCAACACUCAAAUGUGUUACGGAAGCCGGUCCCAGGCACCAGAGGCUUGUAUGGGUCUGUCAGGAGAGCCUCUGCUGGUCAGCAACCAGUUCUCCCGCUGUAUCUAUGCGGUCAUCGGCGUGACGUCAUUCGGCCAAACAUGCAGAGCUGGUGCUCAGAAGCCGGAUGUGUUCACCCGGGUGGCAUUCUAUAAGCCCUGGAUUGAAAGCGUUGUGUGGGCUUGAGUAUCUUGAUCUGACACUUGUUACCUACGAUUUUUGAAAAAUAAAUUGUUUUUUUUUAUUA